CUGCAUGCAUCCGGCAGGAGGAGUUAGCCAAUGAAAAUCUCGGACACGUUUCAUGAAUAAAACAUCCUUGUGUUGACAACUUCAACAGAUUUUGUGUGGUUAUGAAACAAAUUGUAAUUUAAUUACAAUAAAAAUGGGAUCAGCUUUUAUAAUUCUAGGGUCUUCCAUACUUGCUGUUCUUUUGGCUGGCUUCUUUGCCCAAAAAUAUCUUCCACCUCCAAAGCCAAAAAUUGUUGGUAUAGAUUUAGGAACCACAUUCUCCUGUGUUGGAGUGUACCAGGCAGUGACAGGGACAGUUGAUAUACUGGACGUUCAAGACAAACACAAGUGCAUCCCCAGUGUGAUCGCAUUCAGUGAAUCAGGGCAGACCUUGGUGGGUUAUGAUGCAGUUGCCCAAGAGGAACACAAUCCUCAAAACACCCUGUAUGAUGCCAAGAGGUUCAUUGGCAAAGUGUUUACACCGCAGGAGAUAGCUCAGGCCCAGGAACGGUACUCCUUCAAGAUUGCUGCUGACCAAGACGGUAUGGCUUAUUUCAUCGUCCUCGUGAACGGAACAGAGCGACACGUUUACCCGGAGGAGGUCGGCAGCAUAAUCAUCGGAACACUUCGGGAGGCUGCUGCUAAUAAUCUUAGUGCGCCUGUACUUAAAGUGGUGCUCUCUGUCCCGGCAGAGUUUGAUGCGAAGCAGAGAAAUCACACCAAGAAAGCAGCGGUAUUAGCAGGGUUGGAGGUGUUGCGAAUAAUUAACGAGCCCACUGCGGCGGCCCUUGCUUACGGCCUUCACAACCGCCUGGGUCUGCAGAACGUGAUCGUGGUGGACCUAGGGGGAGGCACCCUGGACGUGUCCCUGCUCAACGUGCAGGGGGGAAUGUUCCUCACCCAGGCCAUGUCUGGUAACAACAGACUUGGUGGCCAAGACUUCAACCAGAGACUGUUACAGUACCUGAAAAAGGUGAUCGUUCAGCGAUACGGGGCACCCCUCACAGACAAAGAAGAUCUACAGGGUCUCCUGCUACAUGUCGAGGACAUCAAGAUCAAUCUAACAAACACCCGUGAAUGCGAAAUCAAACUCUGGCUUCACUCGUUGUCAAAAACGUUCAGUGAGAAAAUAACUCGAGAGCUGUUUGAGGAUUUAAAUGCGGAUUUGUUUAAAAAGGUGCUUGAGCCCAUUCAGAAAGUGUUAGAGGCUGUAGAAAUGACAAGAGAGGAUAUCGAUGAAGUGGUUCUAGUUGGAGGUUCAACACGUAUUCCGAAAGUAAGGGAAUUGAUAAAGGAAUAUUUGGCGAAAGAGCCAAACACGUCUAUAGACCCUGAGUUGGCUGUAGCCUCUGGUGUGUCAAUUCAGGCUGGAAUUAUUGGUGGAAUGUGGCCUUUAACUGUUAGCGCAGUGGAGCUGCCGACUCGCGUAAAGAAGAUUCAACUCUAGUCAUAUUAGAUCACUUUAAACUGAUAUUAAAUUAUUUAUUAAUAUGUUAUGUUGAUUUUAAUCACGUAAUGAUCAAGAUGGCAAGACGUUCGUGCCCAAUAAGGAUAUUUUUGCCGUUAUAAAUUUCUUAGCUGGAUCACAAAAUGACAGCUCCUGCUAAGAAAAUUCAUAGCGAAUAAAGUUGAGAUAUUAAGCGAAUAUAUAUAGGAAAUAUACGCUUAUCAGUUUUGUACUGACAUAGCUGGCAAGUGAGUGGCAUUUAUAAAUUAAACAAAGGUAAAAAAGGGUAAAAAAAAACUGCAAAAAGUACCUGUUUUGACACCGACGUUGCCAUCUUGAUCGUCACAUGAUUACCCCCUUCUUUUAAUCUCAACGUUUCAAAGAAAAUGCAAGCUAUUCUACUUGUCUGGCAUCAGCUUCCUAUCACUGUUUAAGUUUUUGGUAACCUUGUUUCUCCCGAAUGACUUAAUUUUUCAAACAUUUAUUGCCCAUAUUAAAGGGGCCUUUUCACAGAUUUCAGCAUGUAUUAAAGUUUGUCAUUAAAUGCUUUAUAAUGAUAUAUGUAAACAUUGAAUCUUAAAAGCUCCAGUAAAAAACAAGAAUACAAUUAAAUAAAGAAAAAAAAAGUAACCCUCAACAGGACUCAAACCACUGACUCCUGGAGUAAAAGUCUAUUGCUUAGACCACUCAGCCAUACAUGCUCAUACAAUGAGCGAUGUAUUUUAUACUUUAUAUAAGCAAUCCUCGUAGUUUCCCAAAAAUAUAACGACAACAACAGAACUCUUAAAAUUAUUUAAUAGAUUCAAGUUGCAACGUUUAAUAAUUUUCAGGUUUUAAAUCUUCAAAAGAUGCAUAUAAUGGAUAUUUUAGAGCAUGGAAAAUGUUCAAUUUUACUGUUUCCUCACAAAUAUCAUAACUACAAAGAAAAUUGAAAAUCUUUAACAAUUUGUUUAAAUUUUGUCCAUUUGCCAAAACGUGAAAAGGCCUCUUUAAAAUGAACCCGUAGGACAUGUUUGAUAAUUUUGGCUUGAUUUUUUUAUUUUGGGGCAUUUUACUCUUAGACAUUUACAUAUGAACUAUACAUGGCUUUUUUUAUCUUGCUUGGGAAAAGGCCUGAUUAGAAAUUUAGGAGAUUCUCCAAAUGAAACUCCAGUGUGGAAAGAUGUAAUUUAAAAAAACGUUCAUUGUAGAAACUUUAUUGGUUAUACAAAUUAAUAUAUGUAUUCAUUGGAUUUAAUAUUAAACAAAGCUUAAAUCUGUUUAACAAGUCGCAAUUUACAUGAGUAUAUUUUAUGUAGCCUUUUAAAAAACUUGUGUAUAUUUCUUUGAUCAACUACAUAAAUGACUGUGAAACUAUUUCAACACUCAUAGAUGCAAUAUGACUUGGUUUGAAUUGAAUUGAAAUUUAGAAAUAUGCUACCUGUAUCAUUGUGUGGACUAAAAAAAAAUGAUAAAAUAAUAUGAGCCUCACUCUGUGAAAAGGGGGUUUAAUGCAUGUGCCUAAAGUGUCCUCCCAGGUAAGCCGGUGCAGUGUGCACAGGCUAAUCAGGGUCGACACUUUCUGCCUAGACUUGAUUUUUGCUUAGAAAAGACUUUCUUGAAACGAAAAAAUAUCAUAAACGCGGAAAGUAUUGUCCCUGAUAAGCCUUUCCAGACUGCACAGGCUAAUCUGGGACGACACUUUCCGCACAUGCAUUAAACUCAAUUUUCACAGAGCACGGCCAAAAUGUAUACAUUAUCAGUGCAUGAUUCAUCCGUUAAAAAACAACUUACAAAAGUUUAUUGUACACUUAAAAGUGCAUACCGGUAAUACAUCUACAAAAUGUAAAAAAAAUAAAAUUAAUAAACUCUAAGCAAGUUUGUUUUCAAGUGUAAAAACGAUGCAUCUUUUAAUCAUAAUUAUUUUUAAGUUGUUUUUAUCCAUUUUGUUUACUUAACCAAACAUUUUAAAUUAAUUAGCAUGCAAUCAUAUAUUUUGAUAAAACCAAUGUAACCAUUAAAAUACUUUGAUAAUUUACUAACCUACACCCAAAAUCUGAAAGCCAUUAUAUACUCGGCCUAGGGGUGUCAUUUGGACAAAAGUCCUUGACAUGAUUGCCCCAGUUGUAGCCAAUGUCAAGGAGGUUAAAGCUGUAGCAUGAUUAUCACAGGCAUCUAUCAACAAAACUGUACAUCAAGAAUGCAAUUCAGGUCGAGGUCAAAAGUCAUGGUCAUUGUUAGAUAGUGAACAAAAAGGAACGCAAAUCAUAAUCAAUGUUUGUGUCUCGAAGUAAAUUACUGAAAUAAGAUUCAAAUACUUGUUAGAUCAAAUAACUUACCAACUAUACAAACAGUUUGGUUUAGAAAACUCGAGUGUGCUCUGCUCCUAACCUUGUUAGGUUUAUAUUUUGUUACUCACUGGAUACAUUUUAAUACAGAAAAGUAUUUGUAAUGUUAUCUUUCAACAAGAUACUAAAAGAUAUGAAUAUUUGUUAAAGCUUUAAACUUUCAAUUGAAAUUUAAUCUGUUUACCAAAAGCCGUUAUUGGUGUUAUUACAAAAUGCCCUUCAGUUUUGUAUUUAUUUUAUUUUUUGUUCUGGAUAUUUGUCUUUUUAAAUAUUUUUUUAUAUUGGUGAUGUUACUGGAUUAUGGUCCUUUUUCUAUUGUUAUUGGUGAUGUUAUUGGAUUACGGUUCUUUUUCAAUUGUUCUUGUUAUUGUGAUAUUUUUAACUGCAAGGCUUCUAUUCAAAUGUUCUUGUUAUUGUGAUAUUUUAUCUGCAAGGCUCCUACACAUUCCUUAUUGUUUCUUUCACCACAUCUUUAGAUGAUUUUUUGAAAUGGAAAUCAAACCUAAUUCAAAAUAAAGAUCGAGAGAGCAUCAUACUUA